UCGAAAAGGGCGCUUUCCGCGACAGUGGUUUGUUUACUGAGUGUUUCGCGACGCUUGGUUUCAAUGCGCGUGUAAGUACACCGGUUUCAAGACGGGAAAUUGGCUCUUUUUUUACACGGCGUAGUUACACUGAGCGAGUUAUUCUGCAACGUAACGACGCACGCACCUCAAAGGGAAGCAUAUCCACUGGGCACACCAAUGGCGACGGGAUCGGCGCCGUCGUUCUCGGGUCGGCGGCGGUCCAGUCGAGGCAUCUCCUUGCUGCCAUCGCAGGACAACUUCGUGAAGGACUUGCCAACUGACAUUCCCGAAGAGGACCGUCUACGCAUCCUCCUUCGGCUCUGCUUCAAGCGCACGUUGGCCACAAUGGCCGAUGAGUUGGACGGGUUCGAAGACCUUCAUCGGAAACUGUUGGUUCAGGGUCUGUCGAUGUUCGACAGUAGCGAAGACGGCGGCAGCGACCAUUUGGACAAGCUCUUAAAGUUGACGACUUCGAAGGACGACGACGACAGCGACGUCUUGCCAGCGGCCGUGGCCGCCGAGCAUCACGAGCUUUUGAAGUCGCUCGUCGCCGAGUGCAAGCGCUGGAACGAGAUGCUCGCGGAAGACUUGCACUUUGAAACGGACCCUCCUUUGGCGGACCAUGACGCUGCUAAAAUUCCCGUCGCUCGUAAGCGCCACUACGACAUGCUUGUGGAAAGUGCCGAACGAUCCAGGCGUAAAGCCAUCGCAAUACUUUCUACCUUACCAACCGGAGACGACGAUGAAGACAAUGAUGCAGUUGCUGUAGGAGAAAGCACUGCGGAAUUGUUCGACGUGUAAAGCAAACUAUAAUGCGUUAUCGCUUUCGUAUUUUGCCGAGAGUCUCGAAACCAGAGGCUUCGCGUUUCGUACGGGCGACUAUUUGUAUUUAUUGGUAGCGUCUUGUAUUAAAAAGAA